AUGGUUGCCUUUGUUCAGGGUCUUGGGGACCGAGAAUAUAAUAAGAGAGCUAAGUCUGCAGGUAACUUUAGUCAUUGGGGAAGUAGAGGCAGAAAUUUUUUCAAGAACAGAUCAUCAAGACACGCUCCAUCUGCAGCCAGUGCCCCAGCUCCAAAGUUCAAGAAUGAUCAGAAGAGGCUGAAUUUCAGGCCAACUUACUCUUACUCUCACUCUCAGGCUACUGUGGAGGAUCUUCCCGGAGUUCCUCCUGAUAGAGAGAUAGACUUUGGAAUUGAUCUACUUCCCAGCACUGAGCCGAUAUCCAUUCCGCCAUACAGAAUGGCUCCAGCAGAGUUAAAAGUGUUAAAAGAUCUCCAUGAUAAGGGAUUUAUUAGUCCUAGUGUUUCACCUUGGGGUGCGCCAGUCUUGGUCUUUAAGCCGUGUCUUGAUUUAUUCGCCAUUAUAUUUAUUGAUGAUAUUUUGGUGUAUUCUCUUAGUGAGACUGAACAUGAAGAACAUCUCAGAAUAGUGUUGCAGAUACUUCAGGACCGUGAGCUUUAUGCUAAAUUCUCAAAGUGUGAAUUUUGCCUCAAGUCAAUGGCAUUUCUAGGCCAUGUAAUUUCAGGUGAAGGUGUGAAGGUUGACUCUUAA